AUGGCUCCAGUUGUGAACUCUCCUCGAGAGUGCUGUAUCAAGACCGUUGAGCACUCUGGGACAGCGGGCGGGACGACUGAAAUCAUCGCCGGCGUGCCCACAUACGUGUCUCGUCCUCAGAGUCAGGGAGAAAGCCGGAAGAUCGUACUGUUCUUCGCCGACGUAUACGGGCCCUUCUUCCUCAAUUCGCAGCUGCUCAUGGACUACUGGGCGUCUCAUGGAUACCUGGUCCUAGCUCUGGAUUAUUUUGAGGGCGACACAAUUGACAAGCACUUGCACAAAUUAGGACCCCACUACAGUCUCGUAGAGGAUUAUGUCCCUGCGAAAAUGACUCGCGCAAAGGAAAUCACACCACUGUGGAUUGACGCAAUCAAGGAACAAUUUGGUACGGCGGAUACGAAGUGGCUCAUUGUAGGAUAUUGCUUUGGCGGGCCGUUCGUCAUGGACUGUCUUGCAGAAGAUUGGGUCACAGCGGGCGCUUUCGCUCAUCCGGCAUGUCUCGAAGAAGCUCACUUCCUCAGACUGAAGCAGCCUCUCUUGCUGUCUCUGGCCGAGGACGAUAUAACGUUUUCCAAGGAGUUCCGCGAGAAAGCGGAAGGUAUUAUGGCCCAGAAGAAGGCCACGUAUCAUAUCCAGAUAUUCUCUGGUACCGUUCAUGGCUUCGCUCUCAGCGGGAAUGUCGAAGAUCCGGUAGCGAAAUGGGCCAAGGAGCAGAGCGCGGCUACUAUCAAGAGCUGGUUCGACUUGGCCUGCAGCCGGACGUAA